UUUAUUUCUAGGAGAAAGACCGUUCUCACACUAAGCUAAUCCAGUGGUCAUCUCAGUAUCAGGAAGAGGCAGAUAAAGGGCUUCAGCAUGUGGUUCCAUCUUUCUAUUGUCCUUCUUCUACUUUGGAAAAGUAUCCUGUGUGCAGAGCUUCCUGGUUACUCUAUUUUCGUUAAUUCUAGCUUCUCUGUCCAGGAGUCGCUCUGUGUCACCAUUCCUUGCACUUUUAUUGCCAGCUCUAGAAGUGGAUUCAGGAAUUCCAGGGGAUUCUGGCUCAAGAGUCCCAUACUUCCAUUUCAAGUUGUAGCCACUAAUGUCAAAUCCAGGAGCGUCCUAAAGCAAAACUUCCAUCUGACGGGAAAUACGGAUAAUGGAGACUGCACAUUGACUAUAACUGAUGCCAGGAGAGAAGAUGCUGGCACUUAUUACUUUCGGUUUGAAGACAGUAUUAAUAAUUCUAUAAAUUAUAAUUAUGGGAGCUCACUGGUCAAUGUGAAGGUAACUGAUUUAUCAGAUAAACCGAAGAUAUCUCCUGUGGGAAGGAUUACUGCUGGUGAGGAGGUAACUCUCGAUUGCACAAAUCCUGGAAGAUGUUCUGGGAAAUCUCCACUUAUCACAUGGGAAGGAAAAUAUGAAAUAUCUGGAGUAACACAGAGAUAUAUGGAAAGGAAUGAAGAUGGUACAAUGACACAUCACGCCAGUCUCACCUUUAUUCCAUGGAUUCAGCAUAAUCAGUCUUUACUCACCUGUAAAGUGACAUUUGAAAGUAAUGUAACCACCAGUAGGAGCAUAAGACUAAUGGUUCAAGCUUCUCCGGAUCAGUCGAUUAUAUGUCCAGUUUGCAGAAGUAUGGAUUCUAUCGUCAUCGCUGGGAUGGUCGCUGGUAACAUCAUAAUCCUGACCCUUAUCACUGUGGGAUCAUAUUUCUUUCUCAAGAAACAUACAGAGAAAAAGAAAUUAAGGAAUAAACCCAAUGGUGGUGAACAGAGAGAAGAAGGAACAGAGUCUACUUAUCAGCCUAAAGACAACAGUUUGUCUGCAGCCACAGAUAAUGAGAUGAUGAACUCUGUUUCAUCCAGAUUUCUACUGCAUAAUUUGUACUUAAAGUUCUACAAUCUCUGUUCAAUCUUUACUCAAGGUAAACCAAGCAUUCAUUUCAAUAUCACGAUGAAGGAAAUCAUGUUGAUCUAUCUUGUGGUUAUCCAUUCUCUCUUCUGGGAAGGUAUCAAGUGUCAGGAGACCCUUGGCUCCUCCAUUCAUGUUAAUGGCAGUGUCAGUGUGCAGGAGGGACACUGUGUCUUCAUUCCUUGUACAUUUAGUGUCCAAACUUCCUUACUAUUUUCCCGUGGAUUCUGGCUCAUAGGCUCUAAAUCCUCACAAAGUUAUGCUGCCACUAAUGAUCGGUACGCAACUGUGCAAAAGUCAAAUUUCCACUUGGUAGGAAAUCCAAAUAAUGGAGACUGCUCACUGGUAAUAAUUGAUGCCAGGAAAGAAGAUGAAGGGGUCUAUUACUUUCAAUUUAAUGAAAAUCGAUUCACCAGUAAAUUUGGCAUAGUAACAUUUCCAGAGGAAGUGAAAGUUGUGGUGACUGCCCCUAGGACUGUAGCAUCCAGGACUGUGACUUCACGCAUCAUUGUGUGGACAGUAUUCAGUAACUUCGCCACCCUGGUCCUGACUAUUGUAGGAUUGCAUCGCUACCUUAAGAAAAACAUGGAGAACAGCCAGUCUGGAAAUGGACAUCCCCACGGAGUCCCGGGAGCACAAUCCAGUUAUGAGGAACUAACAGAACAGACGGACGAAGCAUACGAAAUCAUGAAAACACCGCAGUGUGGAAAACUAUCAAGUUGUAAAUGCUUUUAAAUCAUGUAAAGCAAUCUGGGAUAAAAUAAUGGUUUUGGAUCCAGUAAGGCAGCCUUUUUCUAAAUUUGCCUUACUUUUUAUUUUAAAAC